AUGGCCAACGUGAACGCGAACCAGUUCUUCCUGCUGGCAGAUCACAUCAAGCUCUCUCUACUCGAGCGACAACGAGCCAUUUCCUUAAACCUCGAGCCGACAUCCCAAGAUGGACAUAUUUUCCGGUCCCUGGACUCCCUACGAGAAGGCCUCGAAAGCGUCGUGGAAGAGCGGAUAAGGCUACAAGAAUCGGGAGACAUCGCAGCAGCCAGCGCGAUCCAAGAAACGGAAACGAGCCUGCAGAAACAAUACGACGACCUCGCGGCCCAGUUCAGUGGCGUCCCGACAGACACCACCUCCUCCACCCUCUCACACCCCAACAACCCUUCCCUCGCCGCCGACUUCGCGCGAGCCGCCGACCGCCCAAGUGUCACCUCCUCAUCCUCCUUCCUGAAAAAAUCUCUCCGCGGAGCCGCAGCCGUAGGCCCCUCUUCGAAAUCCGUACGCUUCUCCGAUGCGCCGUCAACGCAGGACCAAGACGAGGUCACCGCUCGCAACGCCCUGUUCCCGUACCGCGACGAUCCGACAUCUGGGCCGCCCGACCAGUCGCACCUCGACAACCAGCAGAUCCACGCCUACCACUCGCAGGUGCUGGCCGAGCAGGACGAGGCGCUGGACCGGCUGGGCGAGUCGAUCGGGCGGCAGCGGGAGUUGAGCAUACAGAUUGGAGAUGAGCUCGACGAGCAUGUACAGAUGCUAGACGAGGUCGAUCGGAGGGUGGAUCGGCAUCAGAGCUCGCUGGAUAAGGCGCGGAAGAACUUGGGGAGUGUGGCGCGGAAGGCAAAGGAUAACAUGCAACUGACGGUCAUUUUGAUCUUGAUCAUAAUACUGGUGUUGCUGAUUAUCAUUCUGAAAUAG